AUGUACCUGAUCACUGUGCUUGGAAACCUGCUCAUCAUCCUGGCUGUCAGCUCAGACUCUCACCUCCACACGCCCAUGUACUUCUUCCUCUCUAACCUGUCCUUUGUGGACAUCUGUUUUACCUCUUCUGCUAUCCCUAAGAUGCUGUGGAACAUCCAGUCACACAGCAAAGUCAUCACGUAUGAAGGUUGCAUCACUCAGAUGUAUUUUGCAUUAUUCCUUGGAGUUUUAGAUGACUUUCUCCUGACCGUGAUGGCCUAUGAUCGUUUUGUAGCUAUCUGUCACCCUCUGCACUAUGGCGUCAUCAUGAAUCCCCAGCUCUGUGGGACGCUGGUGUUGGUGUCCUGGAUCGCGAUUGUCUUAUUAUUUUAUUGUACAACCUUAGGAGUGUAUCUUAGCUCCAAUGGGACCCACAGCUCACACACAAGCGCAAUAGCCUCAGUAAUGUACAUGUUGGUCACACCUAUGCUGAACCCCUUCAUCUAUAGUCUCAGGAACAAAGACAUCAAAGGAGCUCUGCAAAGGAUCUUUGGGGUAGAAGUUAUGAAAUGGCCAAAAGUGCGGGGCUGA